AUGAUUGGAACUGAUCCUCAUAGUCUAGAUGAGGUCAAGGAAACAAUGAAAUGUUUUGAAAAUGACCGACAUCAACAAUUUUAUGACUUGCAAAAACUUAUUAUAACUCUCUUCCAACCAGUGUUGGCAAAUUUCAAG